UUCAACUCCUCUUCAUACAAGAAAUAUGGAGAGGAAAGCUAAAAAAUUAUUUUUUUUAUCUUUCUUCUUUGUGCUGCAAUAUUCCCAUGUCAAGGGAAUAGAAGUUGACUAUAUUGCUGCAGAACUAGAGAAUAUUUCGGAAGAGUAUUUUUUGAAAGAAAAUACUUUUGCCUACGUUGACUCUGAUCGUGAUCCUCCAUGUGUAAUUUCCAAUGUCACCAUCAUUAAAGAUAUUCCAGAUGAAGUACAAGUCAGAUUGACUGCAUACGGUUUUUCUAUGGGCGAGUACAGAGUACCAGUGGGAAUGGAAUAUACGUCACCAUUUUGCGAGUUGUACAAAGAAGAGUUAUUUUUGGCUCCUGCAAUGGAAGGUGUAGGAUUUCAUGAAAACGCAUGUCCACCACUUGCAGGUACCUACAUCAAUACCGGAUACGUUGGAGACUCGUCGAAAUAUCCAGAAGCAUUUCCACGAAACCAAUAUCUGAUCAGUCUAGAAAUGACACUAGAUGAUGAACCAAUAAUAGCAUUAAAACUUUAUGUAGAAGUGAUCUAAUUUUAGAUGAAAAUUUUGUUC